UGCAGAAAGCUGAGCGGCUUCGUCACUUUACCGUUUCCCACCGCCGAAUCGCUCGGGGUUAUGAGAAAAUACUGGAAAAACAAUAACAAAAGACCGAAACCCGCGUCGAUCCUUUUGCAUUUCGCGUAACCCGUACUAGAAAGGACCUUAUCUAGGCACUCUCUUGAUCUCUCGAUACUCGCGUCUGCACACACGCCACCGCCAUGAGUGAGGAAGCCAAACCCCCAGUCGCAGCCGAUGCCGCUGCGCCUAAACCCGAGGCACCCGCACCGAAGCCGGACGAAGCCACGACGCCGAUCCAGCAGCUGUGGGCGACGGCGAAGGCCCACGCCCACGCCGAGAUCUGGGGCGUGACGCUGGCCGACCCCGAGACCCACGUGCCGAGCCAGAUCGUGCUGCAGAAGUACCUCAACGCCAACGACGGCGACAUCGUCAAGGCGCGCGAGCAACUGACCGCGACGCUCGCCUGGCGCGCCAAGAUGCAGCCCCUCGAGCUCGUCAAGAGGAGCUUCUCCAGCGCCAAGUUCGGCGGUCUCGGCUACGUCACGACCUACGGCGAGACCGGCCAGGACGCGAACGCAGACCCCGAGGCCCGCGAGGUCUUCACCUGGAACAUCUACGGCGGCGUCAAGUCGAUGGAGGAGACCUUUGGGGACCUCGAAGAGUUCAUGCGGUGGCGCGUCGCGCUGAUGGAGCUCGCGGUGCAGGAGCUGUCGCUGGCGAGCGCGACGAAGCCGAUCACGGCGUCGUGGGACCCGUACAAGAUCUUCCAGGUGCACGACUACCGGAGCAUCAGCUUCCUGCGGCCAUCGCCGGUGGUGAAGGCGGCGAGCACGGAGACGAUCCGCGUGUUCGCGACGGCCUACCCGGAGCUGCUCAAGGAAAAGUUCUUCGUCAACGUGCCUGCCAUUAUGGGCUUCAUGUACGGCCUCAUCAAGCUCUUCGUCGCCCCCAAGACCAUCAAGAAGUUCCAUCCCAUGUCCAACGGCGCAGGUCUCGCCCUCGAGUUCCCCGACAGCAAGGUCCCCGCCCUCGGCGAGCGCUUGCCGGUCGAGUACGGUGGUAAGGGCAAGGAUCUCAAGACCCAGGGCACCGAGCCGUCCGUCGAGUAAGGGAGUGGAACAAAGGGAGUGACAUAGCCGACGGGAUGCGCGUCCAUGCAUGUGUGGCGAUUGGGGGUAAUUAGGUAUGACGGAUUGGUUUUGGGCUUCUCGGUUGGUAUACUUAAUGACGGUAAUGAGACACGAACGGAUUGCGUUGAUUAUUCUAGGCUCCUGUUAGGCUUCGAGAUAUCUAUUCCUUAGCUUUAUCUUCACCCUAUCUCUACCU